AUGAAUCAGAACACGGAGUCGAGCAGUCUGGUCCCUUCCUGGGGCCACGACCAACUCUCUCAAAUGGCACUACGUGGUGCAUUACAAGUAGGUCCACAAAGGUUAUUUAAAAUGAAUCUUAAAAUGAAUAUUCAUAUAAUAAAAGUGAUUAUGCAAAUUUUAAAAUUAUAAAUUUUGUGAAUUUUAGAAUAUUUAAUAAUAAAACAACAUUUUUUACAUUUAAAACAGACGUUAAUGCUACUACAAUUACGUUCAAAAAUCCUAAAAGAUAACUUUAGACACCAUCAUCAGUUGCACUGGCACCGAACCCGUUCUCUGCUGCGACGCCGGCAUUCACAACAUCCCAACUCUACCAACAGAUGUGUUUCCUCCAGAGCCAAGGCUCAGAAACGUCGCCCAGCUUCGACUCCACCAACAACAACAUGCCCAAGAUGGAUAUAAAUGCCAACAGAACCGACUCCACCUCGACGCACAGCGACACGAAGCACGACGGCCAGUUGGGCCAGAACGAGACGGCCCAACUGUUGCUUCGCUUCUCGCAGAACCUGAGCCGACCGCCAACAGCCUCACCUGCGACAAGCUCACCGUGCUCGACUCCAUCGUCGCCGAGUAAAAGUCAGAAGCGGACCUUCUUCAGAGCUCCAGGACUAGAAGCACCAACUCCAGCUGAAGCGGCCGAAAGUGGAGUGCUUGUCUGUCAAGUCUGCUCCUUCAGUUGCACCUCCAGGUUCCACUACAACUCACACAUGAACACCCAUGGUUGUCACCGUUGUCAGGUUCCAUCGUGCAACUACACAUCGCGGACAGAAGGCCGACUCAAGAAGCAUAUGAUGGACUCUCACACGGCAGAACAACGUGAAAGUGUGGGCUACAAGGCCAAGGAGCGUGAAUCCAACAACAACGGCGACCGUCUAUCCAACGCCCUCGAACAGAUGAAGCAGAUGGCUGAGGUUGACGGUGUAGCCACAACUUCUCCAGAUGCAGCUUCGCAACGUCGCCCCACCGUCAAACCGAAGAAGUACAACUGUAAGCACUGCAAUCACAUCUCGACCAGCAAGGAAGAACGUUACAUGCAUUCCAAACUCCACAUUCCCAUCGAGAAGCAGCUGACGUGCCCUCAAUGUGACUUCGUGACCGAGUACAAGCACCACAUGACCUACCACAUGAAGAACCACGACGGCUCCAAACCGUUCAAGUGCUCCAAGUGUGAGUAUACCUGUGUGAACAAGUCGAUGCUCAACUCCCACAUGAAGUCUCACGUGCCAUUGUACCACUACAAGUGCAAGAACUGUACCUACCAGACCAAAUACUGUCACAGUUUGAAGAUGCAUCUGGAGAAGUACGGUCACGAACGAGCUCCAGGAGAGAUCGGUACGGAAGAAGACGAAGCCGUGAUGCUGGAGGACAUAGACGAAGCCAUGGAGACAGAAUCCAUGAAGAACUACGAUCCGCCCUCGUCUGAGCCCCUCCACGACUCCACCCCCAAGGAUCUCAGCUACAGCUUCACCUCCAAGCCUGACAACACGAUCCACACGCCUCAGCCCAUCAGGUCCAACAUGAUUAUGCAGCCGAUGAUCAGUCAGCCUCAGCCCAACCUCAACCUCCAGCAGCUACUGCUUCAGUCGCCCGAGAAGAUCCAGGAGCUGGUUCGAGCAGUCACCGCCUCCAACAUGCUACACAGUCACAAGUGCAACCACUGCGACUUCACAACCCUCAACGUACAGGAACUGGUCCAGCACAACGUACAGCAUAUGGUCUACAACCAGAAGCAGUACACUGACAUCUUGACAUUGAUGGUACAGCAGCGACAACAGCAACAACAACAACAGUCGCUGAUGCAGACAGAGAUGCUACGCAAUCCUGUAGAGUUGAAGCAAGACAUGUUGACGGUGAAGAACGAGCUGUCUGACCUCCAAGUCGCCGCUCCAGCCGAACCAAUGGAGUCAGCCGAGUGUCGCGAAGACCAGUACGAGCGACAUACCAGCACGAACAAGUCCGCCUCCCCAGCACGAGAGUCUUACGAUGCGAAUCAGACCGAGAUCGUCACGUCCCCACUCCACGAGGCUACAUCGCCAAGUGCCGAGAGUUCAGCGUCGCCUUCAGAUUCCCAUAAGUCGCUAGACAACGUGAGCAGUCGAGGGUCGCCCAACUCAUCGACCACUCACUCGUCCAACAAGAAAGGCUCCAAGGUGGACAAGAUCUCCCAACGGCUUCAGAGGAAGACGACGCCAGACUUCGAAGACAGAAUCUCGCCCAACGACACGGAUCGCAACUCACCGUACAGCCAGGUACUCGGUCUUACCAUGGUUAAUACUUUGUUUCAGGAACCCAACCCCUACAUGUCGGAUGAGGAGAAGUCGCGGUUCUCUGUCAUUCUGAGUCAGCUCAACACCACGAAUGGACCUUCCGUAAGUGUAGUUACAAUGUAAAAGCUAGUAUAUAGUAUGGUCUACUUUAUGAUUACUAUAUACUAUAAAAAACUACUGUAGUACCAAAUUUACUAUGUUAACGUUUCAGCAAUGGCCCCACACCUGUAACCACUGUAUGGUGGCGUUCCAGGACCGUGCCCUCUUCCAGAUCCACCUCGGCUACCACGGCUACGAAUCGCCGUUCAAAUGCAAUCGCUGCGGGCACGACGCCAACUCGUCGCUGGAGUUCAACCUCCAUCUGUAUCAGGCCAAGCAUUAA